CACCGUCAUUUCAUUAUAUCAUUGUUUUUAAAAUAAAUGGUAUAUAAGGGUCCCCAAUUUUACGAUACCUUUUCUAUUAUUAUUCUUUACAAAUAAAAUCUUAAAAAUGAAAUUUACUAUCGCCUCUAUCUCAGCUGCUCUCUUAGCCGUCUCCACCGUCUCCGGUGCUAGUAUUAAAAGACAAGAAGCACCUCAAGACCAAACUGCUUCUCAAUAUCCUGCCAACAUUGAUUUAGGUUCUCUCAAUGGAACAUGGUACUUGACUGGUGUAACUCAAAAUGUUUGGGAUCUUUACAGCAUCGCUCAAAAGACCAUGAACAUUGAUGUUAACUGUCUUCAAAUGGAUGUUUCUCAAACUUCUAACACCUCUUUUGAUGCAUUUGGUUCCACCUUACUGACUCACACUGGCACUGAUGUUGGCGUCAAUGCAUCCGCUGCCUCUGCUUUCUUCUUACAACAGCCCGAUAGCUCCGUCAACUUGACCGACAGUGAAUAUCUCUGGACGGCCUAUGCAUCUCAAAUCUUUGUUAAUGAAGCUCAAUGGAAGAACUUUACUUCUAACGGUCAAAGCCAGGAAAACAGCACUGAAAGUGGCAGCAAGGUUGUACCUGGUAGCAAGCCUGUCGAAGCUACUAUCUAUAGCAAGUUGAUUGAUUCUAAUGCUGAACCUGGAAGCAACACUACAGAAAAUGUCGAUACCAUCUUCCUCUGGGGUUCUAAGGCCAAGUUCAUCGACGACUCUGAGUCCCAAAAGAGAGCUGAAGAAGUUUAUGGUGUCAUUUUAUCAAAGACCUCAUCAGUUGCUGAAGAUGUCUUUAACAAGACACUUGCUCUCAUGCCUUCUCAAAUUGCCGAAAACAAUGUUACUCUUGUCUUAUUAGCUGAUUCUUGUCAAGCCAAUAGCACCAGUGAAAACUAAAUCUUUUAUUGUAAAUCUUGUGAAUACACACACCUAUAUCUAAACUCUACACCAUCAUUUUACCACCUUAAUCUCAUGAUAACAAGAAAUAAAUAAUAAAAUUGGUUUCUUUCUGUAUACUUUUA